AUGCACAGCAAAGUAAAGCAGUUCCCACAGAACCCUCUUCUGUCAGACCAUUACCUCAUAACUUUCGAGUUUAUACUCCCGGAGUAUACACCGUUAGUCAAAAGUUUCUACAUCAGAUGUCUAGCUGACAGUGCUGUAGCUAAAUUUAAAGAAGCGAUUCCUUCUGCAUUUGAUUCAAUACCACGUCUCAAAGUGACGGAGGACUCCUGUGCUAACUUUAGUCCGUCCCAGAUUGAUCAUCUUGUCGAUAGUGCUACAGGCUCACUGAGAAUGACACUAGAUUCGAUAGCCCCACUGAAGAAAAAGACAGUGAGGCAAAGGAGGUUUGCUCCCUGGUAUAACCCUCAGACCCGCGACCUAAAGCAAACAUCACGAAAGCUUGAAAGUAUAUGGCGUUCCACUAAUCUGGAAGAAUCACGCCUAGUUUGGCGAGAUAGUCUUAAAACAUAUAAAAAGGCUCUCCGUAAUGCCAGAGCAGCCUAUUACUCAUCAGUAAUAGAGAAAAAUAAGAACAACCCCAGGUUUCUCUUUAGCACUGUAGCCAGGCUGACAGAGAGUCACAGCUCUGUGGAGCCGUGUAUUCCUAUAGACCUCAGUAGUAAUGACUUCAUGAACUUCUUUAAUGAAAAGAUUUGAACUAUUAGAGGCAAGAUUGAUGAUCUCUUGCCCUCAACUACUGCCGAUCUGUCAAGAGGAGUGGCCUUGGAAACGGCUGUAUGCCCUGGUGUAUAUUUGGAUGGCUUCUCUCCCAUCAACCUAGACCAAUUGUCCUCAACGGUUUCUACUUCUAAACCGUCUACCUGUCUCUUAGACCCCAUCCCAACGAGGCUGCUUAAAGACGUGUUGCCUUUAAUUGGCACCUCUCUGUUGGAUAUUGUUAAUGUGUCUUUGCUAAUAGGCCAUGAACCACAUUCUUUCAAAGUAGCUGUAAUUAAACCUCUCCUGAAAAAGCCCACUCUUAAUCCAGAGGUGUUGGCUAACUACAGACCAAUCUCUAACCUUCCCUUCCUCUCUAAGAUCCUUGAGAAAGUAGUCGAAAAUCAAUUGUGUGACUUUCUACAUCAGAAUAGUUUAUUUGAGGAGUUUCAGUCAGGAUUUAGAAAAGACCACAGCACAGAGACAGCACUGGUGAAGAUUACAAAUUACCUCCUAAUUGCAUCAGAUAAAGGACUCAUCUCUGUACUUGUUUUGUUAGAUCUUAGUGCUGCGUUCGACACCAUUGACCAUGACAUCCUAUUACAGAGACUGGAUCAGUCGAUUGGCAUUUCAGGUACCGCACUAAGUUGGUUUAAAUCCUAUUUAUCAGAUCGAUCUCAAUUUGUAUUUGUAAACGAUGAAGCCUCAAUGACCACCAACGUUAAUCACGGAGUUCCACAAGGUUCUGUGCUUGGACCAAUUUUAUUUACCUUUUAUAUGCUUCCUUUGGGCAACAUUAUCAAGAAACACUCCAUCAACUUUUAUUACUAUGCAGAUGAUACUCAUUUAUAUCUAUCGAUCAAACCAGAGGAGACCAACCAACUCGCUAAAAUACAAGAAUGUCUUAAAAGACAUAAAAACAACCUGCCUUCCUCAGACAAAACUGAAGUUAUUUUACUGGGCCCUGAACACCUCAGAGAUCAAUUAUCUGGUGAUGUGGUUUCUGUAAAUGGCAUUGCCCUGGCAUCUAACACCACUGUAAAGAAUCUCAGCGUUAUCUUUGACCGGGAGUUGUCCUUUAACUCCCACAUUAUUAAGUGCAUGGAUGAUGACUGCAUUUUUCAUCUACGUAAAAUUUCAAAAAUCAGGCACAUCUUGUCUCAAAAAGAUGCAGAAAAGCUGGUUCACGCGUUUGUUACUUCCGGACUAGAUUACUGCAACUCCUUAUUAUCAGGCUGUUCUAAUAAGUCUCUUAAAUCCCUCCAGUUAAUCCAGAAUGCUGCAGCUUGUGUACUCACAAAAGCUAAGAAAAGAGAUCACAUUACUCCUGUAUUAGCUGCUCUGCACUGGCUCCCUGUAAAAUCAAGAAUCACAUUUAAAAUUCUUCUCCUUACCUACAAAGCCUUGAUUGGUGAUGCACCAUCAUAUCUUAAGGAGAUUGUAGUACCAUAUUGCCCCACUAGAGAGCUGCGCUCACUAAAUGCGGGGCUACUUGUGGUUCCUAGAGUCCUAAAAAGUAGGAUGGGAGCAAGAGCCUUCAGUUAUCAAGCUCCUCUUUUAUGGAACCAGUUUCCACUUUCAGUCUGUGAGGCAGACACAGUCACCUCAUUUAAGAAUAGACUUAAGACUUUCAUG